UCCAAUCAUGACUGAUGUAUUCAUUUUACUUGUACCUUCUUGCAUACAGGCUGUAGAGAAGUGUGAGUUACUAAAGCAACAGAAAGAUAAUAAAGAUAUGAAGGAAACAUAUGAAGUAGAAAUUGAGAAGAAAUAUCAGGAAUUGAAGGAUGUGCAUUCAUCUCUUGAUGAGGUAGCAGGAGAAAAAUUAGCGCUAGAAGCACAGCUUGCAGCCAGCCAGUCUGAGCGACAGGCAUUAUUAGAACGUUGCUGUGCAAAUACUUCAGAGACUGAAAAUCUACAUAAAACAAUUACUGAUCUUCGUCGGCGGUUGGAAGAAAGUCAGGCAGCUUUGCAUGAGCUUGGGCGGGAAAAUCAGACACUUCAGGUAAUUGUUUACAGAUAUAUCUUUCAUGCUUUAUUGAAGACACAUUUGGUAAUAAUUCUUGGUGCUCAGAUGUGUGUUUUAUAUCUUUGAAGUUGAAAUAUUAUUUUUAUGUUACA